UCUACAAUGCCUUGCUGAGCCAGCCCAGCAGCUGAGUGCUUGGAGCCAAGCAGAGAGCAUCCAUGGAUGGACCCCUGGUGGGCGGCCUGGCUGCCCCAGACCGUCCUCGAGGCCCUGAGAGACUGCCCGGCCCAGCACCGAGAGAGGACAUUGAGGGUGGGGCUGAGGCAGCUGAAGGGGAUGGUGGCAUCUUCCGGUCCACCCAUUACCUGCCGGUCACCAAGGAGGGCCCCCGGGACAUUCUGGAUGGCAGAGGUGGCAUUUCUGACGGGCAGCCCCAUCCCGGCCUCAACGAAGCCCUCCCCCGUGCCACCUCCGCCACCCAUCGGAUCAGCAGCUGCUGCUGGGAUGGAGGCAGCCUGGACUUCCGGCCAGGUUCCCCACCACCCCAUCUUCUGGGCCACUUCUCUGGCCUCCCCGGUGACCGGGGGCCCUGGGAGCACCCCCUGGUCCAGGAAGCUGGGGAGGGCAUCCCAUCUGAGCAGAGGUUCGAGGACUCGGUCAUUGUGCGAACUGUGAAGCCCCACGCUGAGCCUGAGGGCUCUAGAAGGUUCUUGUACCACCAGGGUGAAUCGACGCUCUGGGAGAAGUCCCCCCAGGGCCACUCCAGGUUCAACUGGCUCCAAGAUGCAGAUGAGCAGUCCCCACCCCAGAAUUCAGGGCUGCCCCUGGACCUGCUGCCCCCACCCCCACCUCUCACCUCCUUCAGGACAGUGCUGGUGCCUGGAGAGGGCACCACGAAGAACGUGGAUGUGGAGGUAGGAGCCAGAGAGCACUUGACAGACCUGGACGGGCUGGCCCAGCCAACUUCGGAGUGGUGUCUGCCUCGGUCAGCCACAGAAGUGGCCACUCAGACCUGGACGGUGAACUCGGAGGCAUCUGUGGAGCGACUGCAGCCACUGCUGCCCCCUGUCCGGACCGGUCCUUACCUGUGUGAGCUGCUGCAGGAGGUGGCUGAGGGGGUGGCCAGCCCGGAUGAGGAUGAGGACGAGGACCCGGCUGUAUUCCCGUGCGUGGAGUGCAGCAUCUACUUCAAGCAGAAGGAGCACCUUCUGGAGCACAUGAGCCAGCAUCGCCGAGCCCCAGGCCAGGAGCCCCCCGCCAACUUGGCCCCACUGGCCUGCAGUGAGUGUGGCUGGGCCUUUGCUGACCCCUGUGCCCUGGAGCACCACCGGCAGCUGCACCAGGCCUCCAGGGAGAAGAUUCUCGAAGAAAUCCAGAAGCUGAAGCAGAUCCCAAACGAUGAGGGCCGGGAGGCACGGCUGCAGUGCUCUAAGUGCGUCUUUGGCACCAGUUCCUCCAAAGCCUUUGUGCAGCAUGCCAAGCUGCACGUGCGAGAGUCACCAGGCCAGGCUGCCAAGGAGCACUUUGGGGGUGGCAGCCCAGGCCCCGACGCCACUGCCCUCAGCUAUCAGCCCUAUGGAGCCUCCUCAGGUCUCAACGCUUGCAUUUUCUGUGGCUUCCCAGCGCCCAGCGAGAGCCUACUCAGGGAGCAUGUGAGGCUUGUGCACGCUCGUCCCCACUGGGAGGAGGAUGGUGAGGCAUUUGAGGAGAACCCUGCCAGCCAGCCUGGCACCAGCCAGGACGUGUAUGCCCGCUUCCCUGAAGCUGCUGAGGACUACUUUGGCAACGCUGAGCCGUUUUUGGCCCCUACAUGGCGGGAGAACCCUACUGGAUACGACCCCAGCCUGGCCUUUGGCCCAGGCUGCCAGCAGCUGGGCACAAGGGAUUUCCCACUGUCAAAGCCACUACCGCACAGCGUGGGCCAGAGGCCCCUGGGAAGGCCAGCCUUUCCCUCAUCACUAGCGUCCACCCCGUAUUCCUUACAGCCCAGUAGAAGCAAAAAUGCUGUCCAUUUGCAGGGGCUCCCAGCCCCACUGGGGGACCAGAGACACCCCUGGAGCGAAGAGGAGGAGGAGGAUAUACAGCUGGCCUCGGAAAUGGACUUUUUCCCUGAGAAUGGGGUCUUUCCACCUCUCGCUGUCCCUGGCCUCAUCCCAGAGGCAGCCCUGGAACUGAAGCGGACUUUCCGAGAAGCCCUCCGAUCGGCGGCAGCCUCACCAGCACAGCAGCAGCAGCUCCUUGGAAUGGUACCUGUCGUGCUGGUGGCCAAGCUGAGGUCCCAGGUCUUGGCUGCGGCAGCCAGGGCACCUCCGAGGCUGCCGCCCGAGGAGCUGGGGCUGGAGGGCACCCACCCCUUGGACUUCCUACUCCUGGAUGCACCACUGGGCGGCCCACUGGGGCUGGACACAAUCCUGGAGGGGGACCCCGCUAUGGCGCUGAAGCACGAGGAGCGGAAGUGCCCCUACUGCCCCGAUCGCUUCCACAACGGCAUCGGCCUGGCAAACCACGUGCGGGGCCACCUGAACCGCGUGGGCGUCAGCUACAAUGUUCGGCAUUUCAUCUCCGCCGAGGAGGUGAAGGCCAUCGAACGCAGGUUCUCCUUCCAGAAGAAGAAGAAAAAAGUGGCUAACUUUGACCCUGGCACCUUCAGCCUGAUGCGCUGUGACUUCUGCGGGGCCGGCUUCGACACCAGGGCUGGCCUCUCUAGCCACGCCCGGGCCCACCUGCGUGACUUUGGCAUCACUAACUGGGAGCUCACCGUCUCACCAAUCAACAUCCUACAGGAGCUGCUGGCCACAUCGGCCGCCGAGAGGCCCCCCAGCCCCCUUGGCCAUGAGCCCGGGGGGAUGCCUGGUGGCUAUCUGACCCCUCGCAGGCCCCGUUUACCUCUCACAGUGCCCUUCCCACCCACCUGGGCUGAGGACCCUGGGCCAGCCUACGGAGAUGCCCAGAGCCUGACCACCUGCGAGGUCUGCGGUGCCUGCUUUGAGACACGCAAGGGCCUGUCCAGCCAUGCGCGCUCCCACCUGCGGCAGCUGGGUGUGGCCGAGUCUGAGAGCAGCGGUGCCCCCAUCGACCUCCUCUACGAGCUCGUGAAGCAGAAGGGCCUGCCUGAUACACCCCUUGGGCUGCCCCCGGGCCUGACUAAGAAGUCCAGCUCCCCGAAGGAGGUGGUCGCUGGGGCCCCCCGACAGAGCCUGCUCACCCUGGCCAAGCCCCUGGACGCCCCUGCUAUCAACAAGGCCAUCAAGUCGCCUCCUGGCUUCUCAGCCAAGGGCCUGGCUCACCCGCCCAGCUCCCCACUCCUCAAGAAGGCACCACUGGCCUUGGCAGGCUCCCCUAUCCCCAAGAAUCCUGAGGACAAGAGCCCCCAGCUGUCCCUGAGCCCCCGGCCGGUCUCCCCAAAGGCACAGUGGCCUCAGUCUGAGGACGAGGGGCCCCUGAACCUCACUUCAGGCCCAGAACCAGCUCGCGAUAUCCGCUGCGAGUUCUGUGGUGAGUUCUUCGAGAACCGAAAGGGUCUUUCCAGCCACGCGCGCUCCCACUUGCGGCAGAUGGGUGUGACUGAGUGGUAUGUCAACGGCUCGCCCAUCGACACGCUGCGGGAGAUCCUCAAGAGGCGGACUCAGUCCCGGCCUGGAGGACCCCUCAGUCCACCAGGACCUAGUCCAAAAGCCUUGGCCAAGGUGGUGGGCAGCGGAGGUCUUGGCAGCUCGCUGGAAGCCCGCAGCCCUGCAGACCUUCACCUCUCGCCCCUGGCCAAGAAGUUGCCACCACCACCAGGCAGCCCCCUGGGCCACUCACCAACUGCUUCUCCUCCUCCCACGGCCCGAAAGAUGUUCUCAGGCCUGACUGCACCCUCCCUGACCAAGAAGCUGAAGCCUGAACAAAUGCGUGUGGAGAUCAAGCGUGAGAUGCUGCCAGGGGCCCUUCAUGGGGAGCUACACCCGUCUGAGGGUCCCUGGGUGGCGCCACGGGAAGACAUGGCCCCCCUGAACCUGUCAUCACGGGCAGAGCCAGUGCGUGACAUCCGCUGUGAGUUCUGUGGUGAGUUCUUUGAGAACCGAAAAGGCCUGUCCAGCCACGCACGCUCCCACCUGCGACAGAUGGGUGUGACUGAGUGGUCCGUCAAUGGCUCACCCAUCGACACGCUGCGGGAGAUCCUUAAGAAGAAGUCUAAGCCGUGCCUCAUCAAGAAGGAGCCUCCAGCUGGAGACCUGGCCCCUGCCUUGGUUGAGGAUGGGCCCCUUACAGCGGUUCCUGGGUCUGUGCAGCCCCUCCUGCCGCUGGUGCCAAUGGCUGGCCGGCCAGGCAAACCAGGAGCUGGGCUGGCCCAGGUACCCCGUGAGCUCAACCUGGCACCCAUCACGGGUGCCAAGCCCUCAGCCACCAGCUACCUGGGCUCAGUGGCAGCCAAGCGACCCCUGCAGGAGGAUCGCUUCCUCUCUGCAGAGGUCAAGGCCAAGACCUACAUCCAGACUGAACUGCCCUUCAAGGCAAAGACCCUUCACGAGAAGACCUCCCACUCCUCCACCGAGGCCUGCUGUGAGCUGUGUGGCCUUUACUUCGAAAACCGCAAGGCCCUGGCCAGCCAUGCUCGGGCGCAUCUGCGGCAGUUCGGUGUGACUGAGUGGUGCGUGAAUGGCUCACCCAUUGAGACGCUGAGCGAGUGGAUCAAGCACCGGCCCCAGAAGAAUUUGAGCGCCGACAAGCCCGCCCUGCAGAUACCUCUGCGGCCAGGGGGGGCGAGGAGGCCAAUGACCUGCAGCAGAAGCUGGAGGAGGUGCGGCAACCCCCACCCCGGGUCCGGCCAGUCCCCUCCUUGGUGCCUCGUCCCCCCCAGACAUCACUGGUUAAGUUCGUCGGCAACAUCUAUACCCUCAAGUGCAGGUUCUGUGAGGUGGAAUUCCAGGGACCUCUCUCCAUCCAGGAGGAGUGGGUGCGGCACUUACAGCGGCACAUCCUGGAGAUGAAUUUCUCCAAAGCAGACCCCCCGCCCGAGGAGCCCCAGGCCCCUCCAGCACAGACAGCGGCGGCAGAGGCACCCUAACACAAAAGCAUUC